CAGAGGUUACACAAAAAGGAGAAGCAUUCUGCGUCACAGAACAGAAAAGUGAAAAUCUCUGAGCGGACAUGGAGCGCAUUUGGGCCGCUCUACUAGCGGGGCUGUUGGUCCUCGGGCCCGGCACCGCAAUCUCGCCGCUUCAGGAGGACACAAAGGGAAUCGAUCCAUCGAAGAAUGAGGGCAAGCUUUCCUGGGGCUGGCUGCCGUCUCCGGCCGGUAGGGGUGGUGGUGGUGGUCGGCAGGCACGGGCGUCCAAUGGACAGACGGACUUCAACGCGGCCGAGGUCAAGAAGAUACUGGCCAAGCACAAUGAGCUACGAUCAUCCGUGUCACCCGCUGCAUCCAAUAUGAAUUACAUGACCUGGGACGCCAACCUGGCCACCAUGGCCCAGCGAUGGGCCGACCGCUGCCGAUUCGAGCACGGCCAGACCAGCAACCUGUCCCCCUUCGAUCCCGUGGGCCAGAACAUCUUCGUCCGGGGCGGUAACCGCAACAAGGCCCCUCCUGCCUCGGACUUUGUGCAGUACUGGUACUCGGAGGUGUCAAACUAUCGCUACAACAGCAAUAGCUGUACUGGUAGAGAGUGCGGACACUACACACAGGUUGUGUGGGCUGAUUCCCGUCAGAUCGGGUGUGGUGCUAAGUUCUGCUCCAGCAUUGGUUCGGAGAGAAACGCCUGGUUCGUCGUCUGCAAUUACGGACCGGCCGGAAAUUUCGAAGGACAGAAGCCGUACGAGACGGGCGCAUCCUGCAGUCAGUGUGGGCAGGACGCGCCGUACUGCUUCCGUGGUUUGUGCCAUCAAUGCAAUCCACAGUCAAACUCCGAAUGCACUUGUACAAAAAGGUGUAAAAACUGCGGAACUCUGAACCCGACCAGGUGCACCUGCAGCUGCCCCAACGGUUUCCUGGGUCCCGACUGCGGAGAGGUUUGUCAAGAUACACACGAAUAUUGUCACCGGAACCCCGGGUGGCCGGAUGCGUCCUUCUGCUCGUUCGAUCCCAUGGUGCCCGUGGGGUGCCCUCUCAUGUGCGGAGAGUGUAGUGCCCGGGAUAGGAAUUACAACUGUGCCAACCCGAGUGGAUCUGGAGGGGGCGGAUCGCGACCGACGAGUGGCGGAGGGGGCGUGGUCACGAAGCCCAAGAAGAAGAAGAAGAAGAAGGGCAAAAAGGGCAAAAAGGGAAAGAAAGGGAAGAAGGGCAAGAAGAGGGGCCGACGUCCCAGAUCGCUUCUGGAUCAAAUACCGUGGUAAACAAAAUCAAGAGAAUUAAGGUGUUCGAAAUCCUAAAGUGUUCUCAUAUUUUCAAAAGGAUCAUUUUAGUUUGUAUGGUGAAUUGAAGGUUUUUUUUAAAAAUCGCUAUGCUCAUCUAUACACAGGAUGAGUCAAAACAAAAUUGACCGAAUUAGAAACAAAAUAUUGUAAAUUUUGUGGUCAUAAAAAAUAACAUAGGGAUAUUUGAAAUAUUGACAAGUAACAGUUGAAACUUUACGCAAUUUGCAUACUCUGUUCCCAAGUUAUGUGUAUUUCAAUAAAACGCUCAUAAAAUUCACCUGUCCACCUCUGAUCAUUAGCCGUUAGUACGAAGUGAUGAAUACCAUUGAAUACAAUAAAAUAUGAACGUUUUCCCACCUCCAUGAAUGAAUGAAAACUUGCAAAGGACAACAGACAACAAUCGCCAUCAAUAUUCUGGAAAAAGUUGACUAUUCCCCAUUUUCAAAACACAAAAUCUGACAGUAACAAUUAUGUUUCAGUCUGGACCUAAUGAUUAAAAUCUCAUUUGUAUUUGAAUGCCAAUCAGUCUGUAAUUCUCACUCAGCUCAGUAGCUUCCAAUGGCAUUUGACAGCUGUAAAAUGUGAAAAAUAUGUUCUUUUCAACAUGCAUAACUUGGAUCAAUAUUAGUAAGUCUUUUUUUCCAGAUGAAUGAAAAAACCUGCUCUUUUAAGACUCUUCUUUGGCGUAUCAAAUUUGAUUGUUUCUCAAGAAAAAAAAAUCGUUAAUCCAGGUCACUUUCGUUUUUACUCACCCUGAAUACUGGGAGGAUUCAGUGAUUGUGGAAUUAUUUCAAAUUGUAUCCGCCAAUGAAAGGUCAGUCGUAUGUCUAAAAGCAUGCGAGAACGACAUAGAGUUGAUUUUCGUCAACCGUUGGUAGUAACGUUUGCUUUAAACAUGAUUGAAGAUUUGUUGCCUUCUUCAAGCUGUGUACAUUGUAAUUGCCGUUCUGAGAUUUCGCUCGUCCCCACUGUCCCAUCCAAAGGCGCUGGUGGUGGCUAAUCGCCUUCUGCUCUCACUGGACAACAUUUGUUGACCCGAUGACAUGGACUCAAUGCGUUCUAAGCUCGUUUGCCCCCUGACGUUGGUCAGCUCUUCCGUGUGCGCAUGACCCUUUCACACCACCAAAUGUAUGUGGGUCAAUGACCCACAUCAACCCCGCCCGCAAGGGAUUUCGCGCUUCAGUCUCGUUAUGUGUGCAACGCGCACAAAGUUUUUGUGCCCCCCAUUUUUGAAAAUCCUGGAUCCGCCCCUGUGGGUCAUUCCAUAAAAUGUGGGGUCCAAUAUUUAGCUGCGGACAGCAUAGCAACUUAAGAAAUAGUCGUGUCUCUCCGUUAGUUAGUAACAAACGUUCCAGUGCAGCAUUGCAUGGCUAUAUAUAUCAACGCGUCCAUCAUCACGCCCUGGCAAAGGAUUUUAUCAACUCGUCUCGUGCCCUCAGGCCCUUGCCCUCUUUUGUGUAACUGUAAUGGGUCCCCACUGACCGUCAAAGCUCGUCAUGGGGUCACUAGGCUUAAAAACCUGAUUUUUGUACCCAAAACACUAUUUCUUUCAGAUGUUACAUUGCACAAUCACUUUACUCAUGCAUGAACACGAAUUUGAUGGCCCGCGGCUUUCGAGAUCAUUUCGAGCUUGUUUUUCGUGUCGCUGGUACAUCAUGAUAUGAGAUUUUGUAAAUUCAGGACACGUUCUUUAAUGUCUUCUAUCUCCAAGAGUGGUUAUGCGAUGGAAAAAGACCCCAAACAAAUAUUAAUGAUAAUUGUAAAAAGCCUAUGGCAAAUUACACAGGUCAGGUGUAACAGGGACACAAAAUGGUAACAUUUUUGGACCCCACAUUUAUGGAAUGACCCACGCACAUUGUCAAUAGCAAGUGAUCCACCGUGACCUGCGCUUCCUUCACAAGAUUUUGUGAAGCAGAUUAGCCCCCACCAGCGCCUUUUGGAUAGGGCCGUGGGGACCAGCGAACUAUGGAGAUGUGGCGGACACAAUAAAGAGGGCGCUGUUUUAGUUUGGUACCAAAACUUUUCUAUUUAGCGCCCUCAUAUUGUUGUGUCCGCCACCUCUCCAUAAGGUUAUAAUGAUAUUGCAAAAAAAAUAUAGCUUUACCGCAACUAUAUUAAACCUAACAGUGUGGACUGCCUAAUAAAUGCGUAAAGUAUACAAGUUCAUAACCACCUGUUUAACUAUUAUUCUAAAAUGUGGCACAUUUUUAGCGCCAAAUAUUUUGUACAAACGCAAGUGUAAUCAGCAGCUCUUAGCAUGCACUGUUGUAUUGAAAAUGCAUGCCUUAUUAUGAAAAAUCAAUUUAAAUUUCGUAUUUUCCAAAAUUCUGGAGAAAUGUUGAAGUAAAAAAAAAAAAAAAAAAAAACGACACUCCUGAUUUCGUUAUGAGAAACAACAGUCCGACAUUUUGGCUCGUCGUGCGGGUUUUAUUUUCGGGGGUGGGGGGUAAAACUGCCCAAGUCUUGUGAGAAAUCUGUUCCCUUUCUGUUGCAGUUAAAGUACAGACGGGAGAAUUAUCUACCUAUUCAUGAAAUCAUUGAUAAUAAUAUAGCUACACUCAACCAAAAAAGGAAGUCCCCCCUUAAUACUUUUGUGUCUAACUCAAAAAUUACUGGGCACAUC